UCUUCUUCAGUAGCACACUGGACACUGAUGUGAGGGCGGAACGUAGUCUGCGAGUUAACGGCUCUUUUGACAGCAGCGAAACAGUUAAUGGUAGUUAGCGACAGUUGCUCUGACAAACCUCUUGGAGGAGUAACAAGUGUGUACUGUUCGGAAGUUUACCCUUCCUUUACGAAAGUUAGUUUUUCAACCGUCACCAUUUAAACUAUCUUUAGUGACUCCGACUUAUUCUGGAAUAAGUAUAUUUUUUGUGCACAUUGACUUUAACGUCAUUUGAAUAACUUUGAAGCUCAAAAUUCGAAAUCAUUAGCACAGUCCGAACAAUGCGUUAAAUACGAGGCAUCAGAGUGGAUCAGCAAGAUGACAGAACCAGUGGACGAGACCCGUCACCUGAAAACUUCAGACUGCCCAUCAGGUGGGAGCAGCGGGGAAGCUCUGGAGCAUCUCCCAGUCAGCAACCGUGCUGGACCCGUGAACGGCGACAGGGGGCGACAUAGAGAGCACAAGCGGCAGCAGCAGCAGCAGCAGCGGCGGGCGGAGAGCUGCGAGGAUGUCAACACUGACAAGUUAUGGCAAAUGAAAGGCGGUCACAGGGAGGUGUGCCCUGCCGUAACAGCCGGAAACGAGCUCACAGCCCAGGAUCACCAGAAAUCGAGUGUUCACGACAAUCUCACCUCACAAGGUAAAGGCGGCGAAGACACACCACCGCAGGAGGACACUUUGAGCCAGGGGCACGUCGACUCCGACACUGGCUUGGACGCGCGCCUGGGUAAGAAGAGGCAUCGGCGCAGGACCAACAGGAAGAGGCGCAACUGGAAGCCGUACUACAAACUUUCCUGGGAGGAAAGGAAAGUCCUGGAGGAGAAAGAGACAGCCAGGGCUUCCCGGCUGAGAGAGGAGAUGUUUGCCAAAGGGCUCCCGGUGGCUCCCUACAACACCACACAGUUCCUGAUGGAUGAGCACGACCGAGAGGAGCCCGACCUUAACACCGAGACCGGGAUCAGACGGACCUCGGGUGUCGGUGUUCGCAUGGAGGACACCGGCAGCGAGGAGGAACUCUUCGAUAACGAGGAGGAGGAUGAUGAUGAUGGCAGCGGCGGAGGGAGCGACGGCAUCGGGAGGCCCGGGAACGCAGGUGGGGAGUUUCUCCAGAGAGACUUUUCCGAGACCUACGAGAUGUACCAUGUGGAGAGUCUGCAGAAUAUGACCAAGCAGGAGCUGGUGCAGGAGUACCUGGAGCUGGAGAAGUGCAUGUCCCGCCUGGAGGAGGAGAACAACCGGCUAAGGCGCGCCGUGGAGCCCGGGGGCGUGACCGUGGAGAGCUCCCUUGUCCGGCUCCGAGAGCUGGAGAGGGAACUGGAGAGACUGAGGGCCCAAAACACGGAGCUCCUUCUGCAGAACCAGCCGAACAAGGACAGGGCCCAGGUCGCUACCAACUAAAAGGACACUAGUCAAACAGGGACAGCCCUUUUUUGAAAGAGGUAAUAACUUUGGACUGCUGCAUUUUUUUAGUUGUCAUCAGUUUUCUGUAAUCACUUUGUCAUUUGGACAAUUUAGUGUUUGCAUUACAAUGCAAUACUUUGUUUUCUAUUUGGACUGCAAGGGUGUCCUGUAAUUUUUUUUCAAGAAAAAAAAAUGUAAAUACUUCAAUAACAAGAUUCUUUUUUUUUAUAAAGAGAUUGUAUUUGACAACACGAAAAUAUUUUGUUGAUUUCCCUGGUCGACUAAGUAGUGAAUCCAUUUACAUCUACUGUUUCAUUUUUAAAUGAAGAAAAAACGUUGUAUGUUGUCCACCUUCAAAAACAAACUGAAUUACAAAUGACAGCUAAUUGGGCCACCUUGCAAAGAAGGAGUGAACAUUUUAACAGUUGUGUGUUGUUGACAUAAGUUCAAAUAAAAUGUUGACAUUCUG